AAAUUUAAUUUAAUCGCCCUUGUACAAAUUACAAAGUAAGAAUUUUACGAGUAUAUUGUACUGUACGAGUACUAUUUUAACAGCAAUCGCUUCAGUGAAGCGGCUCCACUAAUAAACUGUACUGCCGCACUUAGCGCUCGGUGCAAAUUUCCUGGACUUCCCUGCACGCGUACGGUCGCGUAUUUUUUGUUUUAUAAGCUGUGACCAUUGUUCUUGAUUUUCUUGUGUUCUGUUGAAAUGUCUCGGCUUUUAAGUAAGAGAUGGUUUAUACAUGCGUGCAUCUCCCACUGCAAUCCUCCUGCAUGCGGAAUCUCGACGAGCUGUUCCCUUUCAAAAAAAGUCGACCGCUCUCCCCCGGCCCCCUCCGCCGACCAGAUCGAGGAAGAAGAAUGGCGACGGCGUCGCCGCUACGUGCCCCCCGAUCCGGUACUAGACGAGGGCUCGUGGAAGCGCGCAUCCACCGUGAUGCGCUGGGAUAUGGCCAACAUGUACGAUCUGCUGCGCGGCAAGGCGCCCUACGGGCAUGAUGCGCGGGUGGAGGGCCAGAUCUUCCCGCAGUUCUGCGAUAUCUGUGUGAUUGGUGGGGGCAUUAUGGGCUCGCUGAUUGCCUAUUUUAUUAAGCAGCGCUGUGUGGGCGAAAAGAAUCUGCGGGUUGUCGUGGUGGAGAAGGAUCCCAGUUAUGCGCAGUCGGCCAGCACCAACUCCUUUGGAGCGGUCCGGGUGCAGUUCUCGCAGGAGCACAACAUCAAAGCGGCACUGUACGGGGCGGAAUUUCUCCGCAGGAUGAAAGAGCAUCUGGCUGUUUUUGAGAAGGAACCGGGAGAUUUGCAAUUCCAACCACAAGGAUAUCUGUUUCUGGGAUCCGAGGCGGAUGUGGCGCAGUUGAAAAUCAACCACGAAACGCAGAUAAAGUGUGGUGCUAAAGUAGCGCUGCUGCUCCCGCAUCAGCUCGCCGAGCGGUAUCCCUGGCUUAAUUUGGACGGCAUCGCGCUAGCAAGUUACGGAUUAGAGCACGAGGGAUGGCUGGAUACGUGGAAAUAUCUGUACGCUCUGAAAGAGAAGAACAUGUCCAUGGGUGUACAUUAUGUGGACGGAGAAGUAGUCGAGUUCCGCCGGGAUGAUUUCGCCGGCAGUCAGGUGGCGACAAUGGGCGGUGUUCCCUUCGAAAAGUGGAAGUGGGUUAGGGUUCGCACGAAAGAGCACGGAGAUCAGCACAUUCAGUUUUGUUUCGUUGUUAAUGCGGCCGGGGCGGACUCCGGCACGGUUGCGAAGCUAGCUGAUGUUGGCCAGAAGAGAGGAACCCGGAUUAUUCCGUUACCUGUGGAAAAGAGGAAACGAUAUAUGUAUGCCUUCCACUGUCCAGAGGGACCGAAACUGUCCAUGCCCAUGUUGGUGGAUCCCAAUGGAUUGAACAUACGGAGAGAUGGCAUUAAAGGCAUGUACAUUUGCGGUUGGACGCCCAAAACCAACGAAGAGGAACCUGAUCCCAAUGAUCUCACGGUGAAGAAUGAAUUUUUUUACGACGUAUUAUGGCCGAAAUUAUCCUUCCGGAUACCGGUGUUUUCGAAGCUGGAGUUACGAGGUGGAUGGUAUGUCCAUUAUGACUACAAUUACUUUGAUCAGUCCGGGAUUUUGGGACCACACGUCUAUCACGGAAACAUGCUGUUCGCAUGUGGAUUUUCCGGUUACGGCAUGGCUGUUGCGCCAGGCUACGCAAAAACAAUAAUGGAUUACAUUUAUGAAGCCCAGUACGAGGAACAAGAUGUGACUCCUUAUGAAUUUGAGCGUUUGUUACAUUUUGAACCACAGAAAGAAAUCGUCCUCGUGUGAGUACCGCUCUUUGGGAUUUUUAUUUUUAGUUUGUCGUUGUUGUACGUUUUUGGACUGUAAAAAGUUGUUGAAUUUAUAUGCUGAAAUUUUCGAAAUAAAGCGAAACGGUGA